UUUCUGUAAUUAACCCGAAUUAUGCAAACAUUCAUGGAACCCUAAUUCAUUCGGGCCCCUUAUUACCCCUCCAUCCUCUUAUCAGCCGCAAGCCCACCCACGCAUUGUCACUGUCCAUCGACGAUCACAACUCACUGCUCGUCCGCUUCUCCCUCUAAUCUUGUCAACCGCACCUUCCUCCACUGCGGGAGCGUCGAUCGAGAGUUCAAUUUCUCGGUCUUCCCGAACAACAGUAGCCGCAACUCUGCUCCUCCCUUUCACUCGCUCAAUCUUACCCGCCGGCUGCCGCUCCUUUCUCCAUCGCCUGAAGUAGAGGGUGCAGCUUUACAGAGCCAACCCAUAACCUGAAAAGGUUAUGCUGGACGAGGAAAAUAUCAAUGAUCUUGGAAUGGAGGAUCCCGAUAAUGAAGUCAUUGAUUCAGAACCAGAGUCAGAAGGAGAUGAAGAUGUGAAGUUGGCUGAACCUUCAAAGACUGCUGUAAACAACAGGGACGGUUUGCUUGAUAAACUGGGAGAUAUAAGUUGGCCUGAAAAUGUGGGUUGGAUACACAAGCUUUCGGUAGACAUUGACAGGGAGCAAGAGGUGGACGUUAACGAUGACUUGACGCGGGAGCUUGCUUUCUAUACACAGGCAUUGGAGGGUACAAGGCAGGCCUUUUUGGAGUUUCAGUCAAUGGGGAUACCUUUCUUGAGGCCAUCUGACUACUAUGCUGAGAUGGUCAAAUCUGAUGCUCACAUGGAGAAAGUUAAGGGUCGUCUGUUGGCAGAGAAAAGAAAGAUUGAGGAGAGUGAGGAGAGAAGGAAGGCAAGGGAGAACAAGAAAAUAGCCAAAGAGGUACAGGCACAGAAGCUCAAGGAGCGGGCUAAGCAAAAGAAGGAAGAGAUAGAGUCUGUUAAGAAGUGGAGGAAAAAUAGGCAGCACAGUGGCUUUGCAGGUGGUGACAAAGACGGUGACUUGGAUUUUGCUUUUGAAGAUGGAAAGGCAUUUGAGCGAUCAAAUAAGAAACAGCCCGGGGUGGCUCCAGGAGACCGUUCUGGAGGGAAGGCAGGGAAAGGUGGUGGUAGAAGGGGGAUGAAAGGGCCAGAUAAAAAUAGAAAGAAUAGGGAAUUCAGGAACUCCAAGUUUGGAUAUGGAGGAAGGAAAGGCCUAAAUAAGCAGAACACUUCUGAGACUACAAGUGAUGUAAGAGGCUUCAACGGUAAUUUUUCAGGUAGAAAAAGGAAGAGGUGAUGCACUUUAAUGUGGUUUGCUCGGCGCUUUAAGGGGGGAGACAGAGGGAGGAGAAAGUGCCUGCGGAGUGCCAGAGCUUUAAAUGGAUCUUUUUUCGAAACGUGUCUUUUUGACAAAGUGCUUUUAGAAAAUUUGGUAAUUUGCUCAAUUAUAUUAGCUUAAUAUUUAUGGUUUAUGAUUCUAAUGCUGUCAAAUAAGCUGGCAGGUUGAGCUCUUUGAUUGGGAAAUUUUUUUGUUGCUUAAUGAUGAUUUUAUUCUGGGAUUAGCCAACUUCCUGUGUCAAUCGGGGUUCAGUUUUAUAGAUUUCGAGGUAUUGAUGUUAUAGUUGUUUCUUUUCUUUA